UAUAAUUGUGAAUGAAAAGUCAUAUGAAGAAGUAGCACCAAAUAAGCGGUUUUGUGAUUUGUUUUUGUUUGAAAUUUAUUAAAAUUAGUAAAAUGUCUGAAGAGAAAUAUAAAAUCUGUGAUAUUUGUAAAGAUAAGACAAAUUGUACAUUUGAUUUACUAAUGUUCGGAGAUUGGCAACAUAGUAGAGAUAUAAACGUACAUUACUUUUGUUUGUUGCUCUCUACUAAUCUGCCACAAAGAGGCAAAGAUUGCAGUGGUAUAAACGGCUUUUUAGUGCGAGAUAUACGUAAAGAAAUUGCUGCUGCUUCCAAACGUCUGUGCUGCUACUGUGGCCGACAAAAUGCCUCAAUACAGUGCUUUAAAUGCAAUGAGUACUUUCAUUUAGUUUGUGGACGACAAAAUCGAUGUCUAUACACAUUUGUCGACGAUUUUCGUUCCUACUGCGAUGAAUGCGUCCCCAGGAAGGAGCUUCAACCGGUGGGCCUACAGAAACGUCCAUCCAGUUUUGAACGCUGUAGCAUUUGUCGCGAUCAAAUGGGCUUGUACAAUGAAACAAUGUUUAUAUUUGGUAAAUGUUGCAACCGUGGUUAUGCCCACAAUGUAUGUGUUCAGCAGUAUGCAAUGGCAGCUGGUUAUUAUUUGCGUUGCCUUUGGUGCCGUAGUAAGGAUUUUCGUGAAUCUGUAAGAUGGCAGGGAAUUUUUGUGCCUGAUAGAGAUGCACGCUGGGAGACGCAGAAAGGCAUAUAUACCGACCUACACCGUGGACACAACACUUGUAAUAUGGAAGUGUGCCUUUGUCCAAGAGGGCGUGAUUACCAAAGUGGCAAAUGGUCCGUGAUACUAUGUUCAUUGUGCGGCAGUGUAGGUGCCCAUAAUCCUAUAUGUUUAUUAGGCAGGGAAAAUGCUAAGGAGCCGUUAACCACAUUUAAGUGUGCGACUUGCGCGAACACCGAAUCGAAUGUCACUAAUUUGCAAGAGAAGGAACUGUUAAUAGCGAAUACUAAUGAUGUAAUCGAUAAGAGCAUUUUUAUGACGAAGAACAAUGCAAACGUUAAUAAACCAACUGAGUUGAGUUUUGUACCUACCUUUUCCGAGGAAGACGAAACAAUGUCAUCUGAUAGUUUUGUUACUGUAAUUCAACAAAGAAAGUCUGAAUUGAAUGCAUCCACUAGAUCACAUUCGUUGUGUCAAAAUCGUACAGACGACUCAGUUAAGGAAAAUAGUACAAUGCUUUCAAUAGGAGCUGAGUCUACUCAGAGAGUUGAUAACGACACUGUAAUUGCAGUUGAAGAAACUGUAUUAAUACACUCAACGGACAGUGACUCUUCCAAUGAAAAUUCAAUAAUAUUGCAAAAUGAUGUGGCACAUCAAGAUAUAAUCCAAACAAGAGAUAGCAAGUCUUUCGUUGAAGAUAACACAAACGUAGUGAAAGAAACACAGUCACAGCAACCGCUAUUUAUUGAUGAUGAUGAGACACAAGUAUUUGUUGCAGACACACCCCGCGAUAAUAUCACCAAAGAAACUCCAAUCCCGAAUAAGACAUUAAGUUAUGAGAUUCAGGACGAUGAGACUCAAGAAUUUAUUGAAAAUGUUUCUAAAGUAUCUAACGCAAAUGUAUCAAUGGCGGAAUCGCAAAAUACAAUAGUAGCUUCGAGCAGUACAACCGCAUUAUGUCCGGAGACCACGCUCAGUUUGGUAUGCUCGCAAGCCAAUAGUACAUCGGACAAUAUCAACCAAUCACCUAUUGUCUCUUCUUCCCAACUUGAAGAGCAGGAGGAAUGGGCAUGCUUUCAGGUUUACGAAUAUGAUGAUGCGGAAGGAAAAUGCGUUGGUAGUGCUACAGUACGCAUUAAUUUAAGUGAAGAGCGGUUUGCUGGUUUGACCGUGAGGGAUAUUGAAAUGAAUUCUAGUAAACUGUUGAGAAAUGAUGAUAUUAUAGAGCGUUGCGAUGAUAUUGGUAUCUUUGCCAAAAUCCAGUCAAUAAUUGCAAUGUACGAUUCAGUUCAAAAUUAAAAAUGAAUACUCAAAGAGAGAGAUGAAAUUCGCUUAAAUACUUUAAAUAUUAGUAAAAAUGCCAAUUUAAAAUAAGAAAUUUAUUUUUUUACUUUAUAUGCUGUUAUACAUGAUUGAAGAAUCUUUUGUUGUUAUAAAAAUAAACUCAAAAUUAACGUCAA